GCUCACUGUACGUCACCAUCGAGAUUGUGCUCACACUCGAGGGGAAAACCGGCUCCCAGUCUCUAACCCCUAUCGACCCGAUCUUAGCUCUACAGUACCUCACAUUCACUCAACCUUUUUACAUCUCUGCAGGGUUUUCCAAAGUCCCUGACAUCCCUGACAGUCCUUCAAGUCCCCACAGUCUCCUCACAGUCCCUGACGUCUCCUCCCCAGUCCCCCACAGUCUCUCUACAGUCCCUGAAAUCCCCUCACAGUCCCUGACAGUCUCCCUCACAGUCCCUGACAUCCUUCACGUCCCGGGCGUCUCCCCCAAGUCCCCCCAGUGGCUCUACAUCCCUGACAGCUCUUCACAGCCCUACAGUCUCCCAAGCCCUGACAGUCUUCUCGCAGCCCUGACAGUCUCUCUCACAGUCCCACAUCUCUUUACAGCCCACAGUCCCCUCACAGUCCCUCCAGUCUCUCUCACAGGGCCUGACAGUCUCUCUCCAGUCCCUGAAGUCUCCCCCCACAUCCCCGACAGUUCCUCACGUCCCGGGAAAAUCUCCCUCACGUCCCUGACGUGUCUUCACGUCCCUGACAUCCCCCACAGUCCCCGACAGUGUCUCUCCAGUCCUGAAGUGUCUCCACAUCCCGACGUGUCUCUCCAGUCCCUGACAGUCCCUCACGUCCCGACGUGUUCUCCAGCCCCGACAGUCUCCCUCCAGUCCCCCACAGUCUCUCUACAGUCCCCGACAGUUCCCCACGUCCCCGACAGUCUCUCUCACAGUCCUGACAGUCUUCUACAGUCCCCGCAGUCUCUCUCACAGUCCCUGACAGUCUCUCUCACAGUCCCUGACAGUCUCUCCACAGUCCCUCACAGUCUCUCACAUCCCCGAAUCCCCACAGCUCCCUCACUCCCUGACGUCUCUUCACAGUCCUCACUCUCUUCACAGUCCCCGACAUCUCCCUCCGUCCCUGACAUGUCCUCACAGUCCCGGCAGCCCCCACAUCCCGCAGUCUCCCCACAGCCCCCGACUGUCUCUCACGUCCCUGCAGUCUCUCUCACAAAUCCUUGCAGCUCUCCACGGUCUCCCUCACAGUCCCUGACAGGUCUUCACAUCCCUGACGUCUCUCACAGUGUUUACAGUCCCUCACAGUCCCCGACAGUCCCCCACGUCCCUGACAUUCCCUCACGCCCUGACAGUGUCUCUCACAGUCCCUCACAGUCUCCUUUACAGUCCCUGACGUCCUCCACAGUCCUGACAGUCUCCCUACUCCUGACGUGUCUCCACAGCCCUGAAUCUCCUCACACCCUGACAGUCUCUCUCCAGUCCCUGACUCCCCUCCGUCCCCCCACAGUCUCCACAGUGUCUUACAGUCUCUCCACGUCCCUGACAGCUCCCCCCAAGUCCCCCACAGUCUCCCCCCAGUCCCUGCAGUCUCCCCCACUCCCUGACGUCUCUCUCACAGCCCCCGAAGUCUCCCUACAGUCCCUGCAGGUCUCUCACUCCCCGACGUCUCUCCCAGCCCGACAGUCCCCUCCGUCCCCCACAGUCUCUUCAAUCCUCAGUCUCCUCACAUCCCCACAGUUUCUCUCACAGUCCCUGACAAGCUCUUCCCAGUCCCGAAGUCUCCCUCAAGUCCCUCACAGUUCCUCACAGUCCCUGACAGCUCCCACAGUCCCCCCGUCUCUCUCACAGUCCCUGACAGUCUCUCUCAAAGCCCUGACAGUCUCUCUACAGUCCCGACAGUUCUCUCCAUUUCCCCCCGUCUCUUCACAGUCCCUGCGUCUCCCCAAGUCCCUGACAUUUUCCCCACACCUUCACAGUCCUGACAGUUCUCUCACAGUCCCUGACAGCUCUUCACAGUCCCGACACUCUCUUUUUCAGUCCCCGACAGUUUCCCCCCCCGUCCCCGACAGUCUCUCUCACGUCCCCCACAGUCUCCCCCAGUCCCUACAGUUCUCUCACAGUCCUGCAGUCUCCUCACAGUCCCCCCACAGUCUCCUCACAGUCCCCGACAGUCCUCUCACAGUCCCUGACAUCUUUUCCCCAGUCCUGACAGUCUCCCCCAGUCCCGACAGUCUCUUCACAGCCCCGACAGUUUCCCCCACAGUCCCCCAAGUCUUCUCACAGUCCCGACAGCUCUUCAAUCCCCGACGUUCUUCACAGUCCCGACGUCUCCCUCACAGUCCCUCAAGUCUCUUCACAGUCCCUGACGUCUUCUCACAGUCCCUGCAGCUCUCUCCAUCUCCUUUACGUCCCCCACAGUCUUCCCCAAAUCCCCGACAGUCUCCUUACAGCCCCGACGGUCUCACAGUCCCCGCAGCUCUUCCAGCCGACAGUCUCUCUCACAUCCCUGACACUCCCCCACAGUCCCCCCGUUCCCCCACUCCCGACAGUUCCCCUUUACAGUCCUUACGUCUCCAGUGCCCCCAGAGACUUCCUUUUAGGGAAAAAAUGGCCU